AUGGCGAGAGUUCCGAGUGUUUUGCGAUUCCAAGUUAUCUGUGACGAGCUUGAUAGAGUCGGCAUCUCUGGGCCUACACCUUCCCCCUCUAGACCCAGCCUGCGAUCCGUAGCCACCACAGCAUAUACCAAUACCCAAUCGAUUCCGCUCAAUAAAGCGUUACCUAUAUCCCCCACUGCAUCGGUUAGCAGUUGGCAGAGCAGUUGCAAUAGCGAUACCAUGAGCUGCACAUCCUCGGUAUCAAGUGCCACCAGUCGGCCGCCUCGGGAACAGCUAGAGGGCUUCGAUCCGCAUUUUCAGCAACUAGCCAUGGCUCCCUUUCCCCAUGGAUAUGUCCUCCCUUGCGAGUUUGCAUUUUUAGGAUGUAAUUUGCAGUUCAACCCCGAAUAUCAAGAAGACUGGAUAUCACACAGCGCCUCACACUUUUCUACCCAUUCCCCACCUCCAAAAGUCAUCUGCACUUUCUGCAAUCGCGAAUAUGACUCGGUCGAGAGAGGUAUCGAUCCAAUGACGAAUUGGACAAGUCGAAUGAUCCAUAUCGAACGUCAUUUUUGGGACUCUCGUCGGGUCGGCGAUCAAGAGAUGGUGCAUCCGAGGCCGGAUUAUUUCGUACUGGAUUAUAUGUUGCAUAAAAAUCUGCUCAGUAAGAAGGAUUAUCUGCACCUGAUCCAAUAUACAGAGAGGCCGGAAUGUGAAAAUCUCUAUUCUCUUGGAUACCAAACCCCAGAGAUGAAGAGGAGAGCGGAGACAGAGGAACGCCGGGCUCGCCAGACUCAUAAUUUGGACAAUGAAAGAAGAAGGAUGAAAAGGGGCAAAAUCCCGAAAGAAAACCGACCCUCACCGACUGUCUCUAGAAGGGAAGUCAAAAUAUCCACCAACCACUACACGGCAUGA